ACACGAGUAGACAAAAUCAACGUUGCGGAACGCCGAGCGACUUAAAGCUUAGUCGUGAUCAGCAAGUACACUGGCAAUAUAUAGGGCGUCGGAGGUUGUGCUAGCUGUGAAGUGAUUUUUCUCUUCUUUGAAAAUGUCUUCUAAACAAAAAGAAAUUGAAUCAAAUCCUACGAAUUCUUUGGAAGUUGUUGAUGAUGGAGAAAAGCUCCACAAAAGAGAAACAUGGUCGACGAAAAUGGACUUUCUCCUGGCUUGUAUAGGGUUCUCCGUGGGCCUGGGAAACGUGUGGAGGUUUCCAUAUCUGUGCUACAAGAACGGCGGAGGAGCCUUCCUCAUCCCCUACCUAAUAUGUGUGGUGGUAGGCGGUAUACCACUGUUCUACCUAGAGGUGGCUGUCGGCCAGUUUAUGGGAACCAGUGGCCUCGGGGCGUGGAACAUCUGUCCCCUCCUUCAGGGACUAGGGAUAGCCACGACCAUCAUCGUGUUCUUCCUCAACUGUUACUACAAUGUCAUUUUGUGCUGGGCCUUUUACUACAUGUUUAGUUCCUUUGCUUUGGAGCUACCCUGGGCUACAUGUGAUAACUGGUGGAACACAGACCGCUGCUCGACGUUCUCCGAGGAGGCUUCCUUAAACAGCACAGCUAACGUGACCAGCAACGUCACUGACAGCGGUCUGAAAAAGCUGGACGCUGUCACGGAAUUCUGGGAGCGGAAGGUUCUGGCCAUAUCUGAAGGUAUCGAGUACAUGGGGCCCGUUAAAUGGGACUUGGCCCUUACACUUCUGUUUGCCUGGAUCGUGGUCUACCUCUGUAUCUGUAAAGGCAUCAAGUCCUCCGGGAAGGUGAUGUACAUCACCGCUACGACACCAUACCUGUUUAUGACGGCCCUGUUGAUACGUAACUCCUUGCUGGAAGGAGCUAUUGAUGGGGUGGAAUUUUACCUGAAGCCUAACAUCACCAAGUUAUCAGAAAUAGAGGUGUGGGUGGAUGCUGGUACCCAGAUUUUCUUCUCCUACUCCAUAGCUAUAGGAGCCCUGACCGCUCUGGGAAGUUACAAUCUAUACAAUCACAACUCCUACAGGUAAAGUACUCUGCUCCUACUCCAUAGCUAUAGGAGC